AUGAGUUACAACGAGCAGCUGAACGAGGGCCAUCAUGGCCCGCCAUCAACGCCGGCAGGCCAACCACCACCUAACCGAAAUGGAAGCAUCCCCGCAGGGUCUGGAUCUAUUAGCGUGCCAGGGUCGAACUUGCUUCCGAUGGUGGACCUGGAGUCUUUGAGUCCCCAGCAGACCAUCAAUAUGGAAGCAAAGAAUGACCAAGGCUUGUUUGAGACGGUCCUCGCGGCUAGUACUGGUCUCGACUACUCUUAUGCUAGUUCCAGCACCGUAGCUACCCUUGGACUCCGCAAGCUGCCUCUGUCCCCUACCCAUAACAGGCGCCUCUUCCACACACCCUUCGGUAUCAUGAUGCUCAAAGACUUCGCCUCCUUCACAGUUCGAGUACCCGAGGCUAACGUGCCGGAAGUCGACGUCAAUGUCGCCGUGCUUGGCCCGGAAUACUGCUGGAAGGAUGUUGAGAUUUUCUUCGGCAUGAAUCUUUCGAGGAAGAUGGCGGAAGCUAGGGCGCAUUCGGCCUCUAACGACACUGUUCCCGAGAGGGAGCAGCUCGAGAUAAACGGAGACGUACCUGCGCUUCCGCCUGAGAUAGGUGAGGUGCCUCUGUCAGCAUCGAGACGAAUCAUUGGGAUCGAUACCAUCGCCGCGGUCCAUAGUGCAAUCAGUCACGGACGUGCCGGCCGUCGGGUGGGUCGACCAGUCGCCGAUGCGGACCUUACUAUCCGGACCACCGAUCUGAUGUUAGUGGAGCCCGCCGCCGGCCACUCCCGAUCCACUAGUGGACUAGGAGCGACACCCGUUUUCACAACCGGCGGCACUACUGGGUCAUCCCCCCCUUCAACGUAUGCACUGGAUCGGUCUAGGAACUCGUACCACUCCUCGCAAUGUGAACAACUGGCCCCUAUCGGCGACUCCCUUGAUGUCCUCGAGCCAGGUACCUCACCUGGCGGAGAGGAUGACAAAUGA